AUAAUGAUAAUACCUGUUACCUGAUAACAAAUCAACGACAACAACGAAAAAUAAGCAAUUUUUUUUGUUCCCUUCCGUACAUCUUCUUUCUCCGUAUUUAAUAUCGAUAAAAGUGAGUGAGCAAGCAAAACAGAAAAACAUCAUCAUCAUCAUUGAAGUGAAAUCUUCUCCUCUAAUAAGCUCUUCUCAAAAUAGUGAAUUUAGCUACAAAAACGUUUUAAUCCUCUCUUGCAGAUUGAAAUAUAAAAAUAAAAAUAUUGUCAACAAUAACGACGACAACAACAUCAUCAUAGUCAAUAAUUGUUUGACGACGACGACACUCGCCUACAUUCAUCAUAAUAAUCAUAAUCAUCAUCAUUAGUGUUUUUACUACUGAACUGAUCACUUGUUGAAUUGAAUCAAUUUUUUUUCAUAAAUUCAAAGUGACAAACAAACAACAGCAAAAAAUAUGGCUCAAACUUGUGGUUCAAGUAUAAUCAAAUUGGCCUUGAUCAUUGUCAAUUGUGUUUUUUUGGUUCUAGGCGGUGUUGUAACCUAUGUUGGUUAUCAUUUAACCGAUCUAAGUAAUAAAGCUGAUGGUGCAUUCAAUUUGGCCGAUAUUAAUUUCAAAUCAAUAUCAUGGGUAAUAUUAGCUGUCGGUAUUGUUAUCAUAUUGAUUGCUGCAUUAGGUUUUUUUGGUUCUUGUUGUGAAAUUUCGGCAAUGUUAAAUUUGUAUGGAUUUUUAUUGAUUGCAUUGAUUGCUGCCGAAAUAUAUGUUGUGGUUCGUUCGAUUAAAUCCAAUGAUAAUAUUGAUGAUAAAAUCAAAAAUGGAAUCCUUAAGGCAAUCAACGAAAUGAAUAACAAUACUAAAACAACAGUAGUUUUACAAGAAAUUCAAUCCAAAUUAAAAUGUUGUGGUUGGAAUGGUAGCCAAGAUUAUAAAGAUGGUGUAUUGGCAAGUUGUUGUGGUAAAUGGAAUGAAGGUAAUGAUCCAAAUGAAUUAUGUCCAGCUGGAGCAAGAAUGGAAGAUGGUUGUAAAUCAAAAUUCGAAAAUCUUACCGGUUAUCUUGGUAGUUCAACAGCAACCGGUAUUAUUGCUAUUCUUGUACAAUUGGUAUUAAUAUUUGCAGCAUGUUGUUUGGCAAGAGAUGCUCGUUAGAUGAUCAAUAUUUUUCAACAAAAAAAAA